UCUGUGAAUCAUCCGUCAUCGUGCCGUCAUCCGUGUCCGUGACCGUCAAGUCGGAAAUUAGAUAAAUUUCGUGAAUUUCGGUAGUUUUUAGCGAAAUUAUAUAUUUUUACAAUGUCGCGACCAGGAGAUAGACCAAACCAAGCUCAAACAUACAAGCUUGUAGUGGUUGGCGGCGGUGGAGUUGGAAAAAGUGCUAUAACAAUUCAGUUUAUACAGAGUUAUUUCGUAACGGAUUACGACCCCACCAUUGAAGACAGCUACACCAAACAAUGCGUCAUUGACGAUAUUCCAGCUAAACUUGAUAUCCUCGACACAGCCGGGCAAGAGGAAUUCAGUGCUAUGCGCGAACAAUACAUGCGUUCCGGUGAAGGUUUCCUUCUCGUGUUCUCCGUGGCUGACCAUGCGAGCUUCGACGAGCUCUUCAAGUUCCACAAGCAGAUACUCAGGGUUAAGGAUCGAGAUGAGUUCCCCAUGCUGAUGGUCGGAAAUAAGGCUGAUUUGGAGCAUCAGAGAGUGGUAACACUAGACGAAGCACAAGCCCUCUCCCGCCAACUCAAGAUCCCAUACAUUGAAUGCAGUGCCAAAGCGAGAAUGAACGUAGACCAAGCCUUCCACGAGCUUGUUCGUCUUGUGAGACGCUUCCAAGAAGCUGAGAGGAUCCAUAUUAAAUCUGAACACAGGAACAAAAAGAAGAAAUGCACUAUUUUGUAACGGACUGACUUGGUUUGACAAUGGCAGGUAAUAAAGGCGAUUUUUGUAACGGCAUUUUUGUAUGGAUAUAAAUUACAAGGUUAAAGAAAUUAAUGUUUUAUACUAAAAUUGUAGUUGUGUAAAGGCAGCUGUAUGUUAGCUGUCGACUGUUUGAGAUUUUAAGGGUAAUUUGUACUGUCUAACAUGAGAAAAAAAU